CUGGGGCUGCAGGAUCAGGACCCCUGCCUGCUGAGGACCUCGGUGCCCCUGGGGCUGCUCUCCCACCUCCAGCUGCUGUGGAUGGUGCUGGGAUUGAGGCCAACAAUGGAGCAGAGACAGCAGUGAGCCCUGACCUCGGUGCUGCCCCAGGAGCACCUGUACCUCCAUCCCUUGGGGGGUCACAGCCGUGGGACACAGCAGCUGGUGCUCCUGAGGACACAGCUCUCCCUGGGGCCCAGGGAAUAGACAGUGGAUUUACUUUGGUGCUAGGUGCCCCCGGCUCAGCAUCGUAUGGACCUGCAGGGCCACCAUCUCCUGGUAUUGGAGUGCAGCCUGGCACAGGUCUGACAGCGCUGGGAGAGGACGGACAGGAGCUGGGAGGAGUGAGCAGUGCAGCUGCAUCUGAGCCAUCCCUGAGCUCCUCUCCAGGCACUGGGACAGACCUGCUGCCUGGUGCUCUGUCCCCAUCAGGUCCUGCUUCCCCUAGUGAUGUACUCACAGCUCCCUCCGCUUCAGAUAUAGCCAGCCCAAGUGGCCUGGGAGGAGCAGGUGAUGCUCCCAGUGCCCUGCAGCCCUCCCUGAGCGCUGCACCCGGGCUCCAUCCUGCUGCAGGAGGAGUGAGUGAUGGGGCUGAGUCUGUCUCUGCAGACGGAGAAGCUCCAGGGCAGUCUCAGGACCAGGCUGGGACAGGAGCAGCUGCAGGCUCUGAUGGAAGACCGGGAGCUACAUUGCACUCUGUAUCUUCCGUCCCAUCUGCUGAUGGACUUUUGUCACCUGAAGCAGCUGCUGGAGCAGAUACAGGAGCAGGCAUCUCCAGAGCUGAUGGAGUUGGCUCAAGCUCAAGCUUGGGGGCUUCUGCCCUCCAGGACAACAAGGAAACAUCCGUCCUUCCCCCCACCACUCAGAGCGGUGCCAAUGUCGGACCUUCUGGAGACAAACUCAGCCAAGACAACGUGGUGGAGCUGACUGGAGGGGAACUGGGACCCUCAGCCCAGGGGUCAGCUUCUGCCAGUGGGGGAAACGGGGUGGGCACUGCCAUCCAGAUCACAUCCAUCCCCACCUCCCCCCAGGAGACACAGCCCCUGGUCCCAGUGGCUCCAGCUGCCUCCAACCCAUCGCUGGUGGCUACAGCUUCCUCUUCCAAGGGGGCUGGGGACAGCUCGGUUCCCAGCUCAGGCCCCUCCUCUGCCUCCAGCACCCAGAGUGGGAGCAGCCCCCCAGAACUGCCAUGGUCCCCUGUGGACGAGAUAGCUUCUGGGAUGCCAGCACCACUGGGAGAAGAGCUCCAACGUGCCCCUAGUGCUCCAGCUCUGCCUUCUACAUCUGAAACAGAAAACCUGAAGGAGGGAGCAGCCGCCAGCCCCCAGCAGUCUUCUCCAGUUUCAGCAAUCCCAGCAGUGCCUCUCUAUGGGUAUGGACCAAGAGAGAAUGAUCACGAGUAUGUGCAAAGGAGAGUGGACUUCAAUUCCCCACUUUUCAAGCCUGAGACUGGAUUCCCAUUUGGGAAAACCCUGCAUGAUUCUCUCUAUUUCACAGACAAUGGGCAGAUCAUCUUCCCAGCCUCCGACAGCAGCAUCCUCACGCUCCCCAACCCACCUGCCCAUAGAUUCACUGGCCAUGAGGGUGUUUCCAUGAUCGCUGUGUUCUGGGACAAUGCUGACUUCUCCAGAGGCACCGGAACCACCUUCUACCAGGAGUUCCUCACCCUGAACUCAGAGAAGCCACCAUUUGUUCGUGAUGUGGAAGCGAAGGUCCGGCGCUACCUGAGGUCCUCCUACUCUGCAGCCUGGACCCUGAAGAUCACCUGGGAGAAGGCGCCUGCUUAUGGGACACGUGACAGCUACAGGACAAACACAUACCAGGCUGUCCUCACCACUGAUGGCUUCAGGUCCUAUGUCCUGAUCCUGUACCAGGAUGGAGGCAUGCAAUGGGACUACACCCAGCUGCCGGCCACCAACGCGCUGAUCGGCUACACCAGUGGGGAUGGGUAUUACCGCAAUGAUGACCUGACCCAAGGAUCUCCAGCUGCAAAAUAUCGCCCUGACCGCUACAGGGGCUACAACACAGAUCUCCGCGGGCUGUGGCUGUACAAGCUGGAGAGCCGUGUGGGCAUCAACUACCGCAUGAAGUGUCUGGCAUGGACGGGGAGGCAGCAGGAGCCUGAGGCAUGGAGCCAGGACCUGCCUGCCUGCCCAUGCACCCUGCAGCAAGGCCAGCAGGACCUGCGCUUCAGGAGCAGCCGUGGAGGCUGGGGCUCUGCUCGUGUUUCCAUGCUGCACUCUGCCUCACCCAACUCACGUGGUGCUGGUGUCCGCUGCCUGUAUGAUGGCCAGGGGCAGCUGGUGGAGGGACGGCAGGAGAGGUACUGGAGGGCAUCCCGACAGGCGUCCCCAUAUCGUGACCAGGAGCUGAAGCUGUAUGAUUGGUGCUGCAACCAAGCGGGGAGUGCUCGCCUCUGUGCCCUCUACAACGAGAAGAGACCGCGGAUUGGAUGCGAUGGGUACCAGGCACCCAUUGCAGAGGAUUCCUCAGAAGACAGCGACUCAGAGGAGCAGAGAGAUGAUGAUGAGGAGUAACUUGCAGGUCACAUGCACACAACACACUCUGGGCCACUGAUGAUCUUCCAAACCCUUCACUCCCAUUUGUACCCAGCACUCCUAUGUGUCCCUUGCAUGUCCCUGCUCCCCCAGCGAUGGGACAAGCACUGUGGCACUAUCACCAUGUCCCUCAUCCCUGUUCUCCUAUCUGGGAAUGGCACCACAGGGGAUUUUGGCCCCCAGCACCUGGGGCUUUUCACCUUGCAUAGGUUUGACCCUGUGAUUGGAAAUAAUGGGAGAAAUAUAAUAUUACAUGUGUGAGAACACCUGAAUUGUUGCAAAAGCACCAAAAUUCUUGUCACAUUGCAUUCCUUCAAUAAAGCAUCAAAGGGUCUGAGCAUAA